UCCCAUCACUGCCUCUGCAGCUCACAGUCCGCACAGUGGAUUCUCUCAGACGGCAGCACUGAAGUUUACAGACAAAAAAAGCGACCAUGAACUCUCUGAACCAGCAAUACGAGGAGAAGGUUCGUCCCUGCAUCGACCUGAUCGACUCUCUCCGCUCUCUGGGUGUGGAGAAGGACCUGGCGCUGCCGGCCAUCGCCGUGAUUGGGGACCAGAGCUCGGGGAAGAGCUCGGUGCUGGAGGCGCUGUCAGGGGUGGCGCUGCCCAGAGGGAGCGGCAUUGUGACAAGAUGUCCUCUGGAACUGAAGAUGAAGAGAAAAAAAGAAGGGGAGGAAUGGUAUGGAAAGAUAAGCUACCAGGACCGUGAGGAAGAAAUAGAUGACCCCACAACUGUGGAGAAAAAAAUUCGAGAAGCUCAGGAUGACAUGGCUGGAGUUGGAUUGGGGAUCAGUGAUGAGCUCAUCAGUCUGGAAAUUGCUUCCCCUGACGUUCCUGACCUGACACUCAUCGACCUGCCUGGCAUUGCCAGGGUGGCUGUGAAGGGCCAGCCAGAGAACAUCGGAGAUCAGAUAAAGAGACUUAUCCAAAAGUUCAUUACAAAACAAGAAACAAUCAGUUUGGUGGUGGUUCCAAGCAACGUGGACAUAGCAACCACUGAGGCUUUGAAGAUGGCUCAGCAGGUGGAUCCGGAGGGAGAGAGGACACUGGGCAUUUUAACCAAACCUGACCUGGUGGACAAAGGCACAGAAGAAACGGUGGUGGAAAUAGUCCACAAUGAGAUCAUCCAGCUAAAGAAGGGCUACAUGAUCGUCAAGUGCAGGGGUCAGAAGGAGAUUACAGAGAAGGUGUCCCUAACUGAAGCUAUAGAGCGAGAGAAGGCCUUCUUCCAAGAUCACGCAUAUUUCCAUACCCUCUACAAUGAUGGCCAUGCGACUGUUCCAAAGCUGGCUGAAAAGCUCACUCUUGAACUGGUGCAUCACAUUGAGAAAUCUUUGCCUCGACUGGAAGAACAGAUAGAGGAAAAGCUAAAACAGACUCAGAUGGAGCUGGAUCGAUAUGGAAGUGGGCCUCCGACUGAUCCAGUGGAGAGACAGGUUUUCCUUAUCGACAAAGUGACAGAGUUCUGUCAGGAUGUUGUCAGUUUGACCAAAGGAGAGGAACUCAAGUGUGGAGAGAGGCUCAACGUCUUCUCUGCGUUGAGGAAAGAUUUUGGAAAAUGGAAAGCUCUCCUGGAAAACUCAGGAGAAAACUUUAACAGGAAAGUUGAAAGAGAGGUGGGCGACUAUGAGGACAGGUACCGGGGGAGGGAACUGCCAGGCUUUAUCAACUACAAGACCUUUGAGGUGAUGGUCAAGGAGCAGAUCAGGCAGCUGGAAGAUCCAGCUAUCAUGAAACUGAAGGACAUUGGAGAUGCUGUGAAAAAGGUGUUUAUACUACUGGCCCAAGCAAGCUUUGCUGGAUUUCCUAAUCUAUUGAAAACAACUAAGGCAAAAAUUGAAGCCAUAAAGCAAGAAAGAGAGUCCUCUGCUGAAACCAUGCUGAGAACUCAGUUUAAGAUGGAGCUGCUAGUUUACUCCCAAGACAAGACCUACAGCAAUAGUCUAAGUGAGAGCAAAAAAGAAGACCAGGACUCAGAGAACGUACCGCUAGCUCCUUACUCAGAAAGAAGCAUCGUCUUCAGCCUCGACAACUACGCUACUCUUCAGGAGCUGAUGGUGCAUCUAAAAUCUUAUUACAAGAUUGCUGGCAUGCGUCUAGCUGAUCAAAUCCCCCUGGUGAUCCGUUAUGAAAUGCUGCAACAAUCAGCCAGCCAGCUCCAGAGAGAGAUGCUGCAGAUGAUUCAGGACAAGGAGAACUUGGAUUUCCUGCUGAAGGAGGACUUUGACAUCGGCAGUAAGAGGGCUACUUUGCAGAAUCGCCUUAAGCGCCUUUUGCAGGCCCGUGCAUACCUAGUAGAGUUCUAAAAACUUUGAAGGAUCUGUUUUCUGCAUCUCCAAAUUACAUGUUAGUGUAAAUGUUCAGUUGUUGUGUUUGGGUAGUCCAGUAGAAUCUGCUGUUUCUAACAGGAAUGAUUAUCUUACAGCAGCAAAAGUCAUUAUAUGGGCACACAGAUGUUUUCCUUUUAUAUAUUGUUAUAAUCACCUCGAGUGUGGAGCAUGUUUUUAUGUUCAUUGUUUUAUUUGGGCAUAUAUAUAGAGGGAAAUUAUUAUCAGUCUGUGAACUUUGAUUUUUUUAUUUUUAUUUGAAACAAUAAAAGGGAAAACCAGACAGAGCGACAGAAUCAAGAGAAUUUUAUUCAAAAAUACAUACGAAAAGCAUUCUGUCUCACAAACCCAAACUCAUUUAAGAACAUUUCAUUCUGUUCCACUGUUAUUCACUGUUCCCUGCAGGGCUCUCUUGACUGGCAUCUUCAAUAUCUGACUUCUCAUCAUCUAAAAGAAGACAAAUUUUGAGUUUAACUUUUUGAAACAAUUUUAAAAUCAGUUGGCAUUAAGAAUAAAGUGCUCACUCUCAAG